AGCGUGUAGAUAAGGCUGUACUCUCUAUGCCUGGCGUUCAGGUCAAGUACAUGCUGGUGACCUUCGACCCAGACCCCGUUAAAGCACUGCGAGUGAGCCAGAAUGACCCCCCCGAGGCAUUCCUGCAAGAAUUGGGCAAUGUCAGCGCUCACCACCGAUCCAAUGUGAGCGACAGUCUUACGAAUGCGUUCAGGAUUCUCAAUCAGAACAGAUUGCAAUCGCAAACGGAUACUUUUGGGUAUGGUUCUUUGGGUAUAAUCAUUGUUGGGUUUGGUUCUUUGGGUAUCAUCAUUGAUGGGGAUGGCUCUUUGGGUAUUAUUAUUCGUCCAGAUAGAAUCAUGUAA